AUGGAUUUAGAAAAGGAGAACAAGGACUUAGACCUGAAUGCUGUGCACCAGAGGUAUCAUUUCAAUGAAACAUCAGCAGCAUGCCAAGCUAACCAGGAUGUAACAGAUGGUCAAGCUAAAUCACUUAGUGAGGUCUCAGCCAAUGACAGAGUUAGAAAUCAGGACAAACAACUUGAGGAUCCAGAAAUUGGUACAGUAGAUAUUAAAGAGGCUGUUUUACGAGAGUGUAUAGAGGAAUCUUUGAACAUGAGAAACCACAGUGAUCAUAAGGAUGUUUGCAAACACAGACUCAGUCAGGACAUAUCUGAAAAUAAGGCAGCUGUUAUGGAAUCAGAUAUAAUCAAUGAGGAGACUUUUGGUGCUGUGCAAAAUGAGGGACUUAAUCUAGAAGGCCAUAUACCCAGUAUAUCCAAUAAUAGCAGUAGCACAGAAGAACUGACCACAGACUGUAAAGAAACAAUAGAUGUUUUCAGAGAGAACUGUGAUGACGUACCAUCGAAUUUCGACAUUUCAUUGCAAAGUCAGCUGGAAGUAUCUGCUGUUGUAAGCAAAAUUGCUAUGUUGAAUGGAGAUCUUCAAAACACUACAGACAUUGUUCCAGAGGUAAUUAGAGCUACUGCUGCAAUAAAUGAACUCUCAACUCUGGAUGACAACCAGGAAUCUAUAAAUAUGGCCAUUCAGACUAUAUCAACACAGUGUGAAGUUCAUAGUCCCACUGAUCAAAAUGUUCUUUCUUCAUUCUCACCAAUGAACACCAAGAAAGUAGUUAUCACCCUUACACGUGUCAAAGCUCUUUCUGAAGAAUCGGGUAUUGAUACUGAAACGAUCCAACAAAGAGAUGAGAUUGCAAGUGGUUGCCUCUGUCAAGCUGCAUGCAAUGAAGGCAGUGCAGAAUCAGUCCAUGCACCCACCACAAACCAGAAGAUAGAGGUCCAAAUUGGACAAUCUGAGAUGAGUGGUGGCGAAUGGGAGUUUUUAGACAGUUCUGACCUGUGUGGCACUGAAGCUCACAGUUCCAGUUCAACAAAGCUAGAAAAACUCCAAAUGACUAAUUCUGACCCAAACUCACUGGAACCAAUACCUUCAGUAGUCCAACUGGGGAAACAGAAUGAAAUAAAAAUGCAGAAAAUUUCCCAAGACAAGGGAAAUUUAGAAACGGAAAUAGAUGGACCUCAGGAAGAAAUUAGAGAAAUAGACCGGGAGACACAGAUGCUGAAUGAAACCAAUAGGCUUGCGCAUACCGAAGGAGAAAUGGCCAGUUUGAAGAUGGAGAAAGAGAAAUAUGGAGUAAAAAUUAUACAAGAAGAUACCAUGGUUGAUAUUGUAGAAACAGCCUCUGUGUUGAAAAGCUUAGAGGAUGCUUGUCCAUCUGAGAAGACCACAGAUCCUCAUCUCAGAUGUGGUGUCCUCUCCCCUACUGAGGUAAAAGAGAAACCACUCCAACUAUCAGUCCUCUUCUCUGGCCUGCGUAGCCCCAAAAAGGAAGCACAUGAGAAAAAAGAAACCCCAGAUCAACCCCAAAGCCCUGAUCAGGCAAGACCUGCCAAACGAGGGCUUUUCACUGAUCAGUCUAACAAGAAAGAGGCCAGGGGAGACUUCCUGGAACAGCUAACCCAAUUCCUUAGCUUGGACAGCAGCAAGGGGGAAGGCAAGAGAAAGCAAGAGAGCAUGUCAAGUCAUCCAUUGUCUCCAAUCAGUCAGAACCCUGCAGAAGAAACAGAGACAUGUCCAACUGUAGAGGAGCCAGUUGUUACCCAAUCUGAGGAAACUAAAAAAUCGACAAAUACAGAGUCACCCUUAGAUGCCUUUAAGGCUUUCUUUACAAUUAAGACUGCCAAGAAGGAUACUUCUAAUUGCAUGGAUUUGGAUGCUGCAAAGAGGAAGAUCAAUAGGGACAAAGACGUUCUCCGAGCUUUCUUUGAUAGGAACUCAAGCAAGUCUCCAGAGAACAAAUCUGAGGCGAGUGAGUUCACACCAAGACGACUUCAGGCCAUCUGGCCUCCACCGAAACCCAAAGAUAAGGAGGAAAAGAUAGGUCUAAAAUACACAGAAGCUGAGCAUCAGGCAGCUCUUCUGCAGCUGAAAAGAGAAUGCAAUGAAGAAGUGAAGAAAUUACAGGCAGACUUCAAAGUUCAGCUCUUCCGUAUACAUGAGAAGAAUGAUGAACUUGGGGCAACCACUGCAAGCUUACAAAGAGAGAGGUUCAAAGAUCAUCAUAGGGAUGUUGCUGUGUCCACUGAAGACUAUAUCAAACCACGGGCCUUUCACUCGGUGUGCAUUCAGACAGACUCUGAAGAGGCCAAGGAAGCCCAGAGCAGGAGCCUUAACCCCAGUGUGCCUACAAAUGUUGAUCUCAACUCAACUAAAAACCUUGGUAUAGAGAGGAUAGUUCCUUCACCACCUCCCCCACCUGUAUCACCUCUACCACCUCCACCACCUGUAUUACCUCCACCUCCAACUCCAACUUGCCCUCCUGCUUCAACUGUAUGUCCACUUCCUGCUCAGCCAUUGAAUGUACUAGGUUGUGUGCCUUCACCUCCUCCACCACCUCCACCCAUGAGAGGAUCUGGUCCACCACCCCCUCCACCAAUUCUCAACUCUGUCCCCCCUCCUCCUCCUGGAGUUGGUAUCUUCUUCAGUGAAGUGACAGAGAACACUCCUCGCAAGCCUUCAGUGGAGCCAGUCUGUCCUAUGAAGCCACUCUACUGGAUUCGAAUACAGAUUCAAGAUAGCAGAAAUAAUAUGAUGUGGAGCUCGCUGGAAGAGCCAGACAUAAUAAACACCAAUGAGUUUGCAGAACUGUUUGCUAAAGCCACAGCGCCCACCAAGAGAAAGCCCCUCUCCGAGGCCUAUGAGAAGAAAGGCAAAGCUAAGAAGGUCAUCAAGCUACUAGAUGGCAAGCGCUCUCACGCAGUGGGUAUCUUAAUCUCAAGUCUCCACCUGGAUAUGAAGGACAUCCAGCAAGCUGUUUUGACUCUGGACAACUCAGUGGUUGACUUGGAUGCUAUUGAAGCCCUGUAUGAAAAUAGAGCUCAGCCUGAAGAGCUAGAGAAGAUUAAGAAACACUAUGAAACUUCAGAUGAGGAGCAGGUCAAACUACUGGACAAGCCUGAACAGUUCCUUUAUGAACUCUCCCAGAUUCCUGAAUUCUCCAGUCGAGUUCACUGUUUCAUUUUGCAGUCAAAGUUUACUGACGCCAUUGCCUCCAUCCAGCACAAGACUGAGAUUAUUCUGCACGUCUGCAAGUAUCUGUUGGAGAAAGACAGUGUGAGGGAGGUGAUGGGGCUGGUGCUUGCUCUAGGAAACUACAUGAAUGGAGGGAGCAGGGCUCGUGGUCAGGCAGACGGCUUUGGGCUUGAGAUUCUUCCCAAGCUUAAAGAUGUCAAGAGCAGGUAUGACGGGGAGACCGGAGCUAAUUGUGUGUUUUCUCUGGCAGAGGACAAUCGCAUAAGCCUGUUGGAUUACAUUGUUUCCUACUAUCUGCAUCACCUUGAUGAGAAUGCUGGGACGGAAAAGGGUAUCUUUCCAUUGCCCGAACCUCAAGAUGUUUUUCUUGCCUCUCAAAUAAAGUUUGAAGACCUCUCAAAGGAUCUCAGAAAGUUGAGCAGAGACUUGGCAGUUUGUGAGAAGGAAGUCCUGACUGUGUGUACUAACUCAUCUCAAGAGCACAUGCAUCCCUUCAAGGAGAAAAUGGACUUUUUUAUUGCUAACGCACAAAAAGAGGUAAUUGCUAUGGAACACCAAGUGAUAUCAGCACGUAAAAGCUUCUGUUACCUGGUGGAAUACUUUGGGUUGAAGCCACGUUCUGGGGAGCAAGAGAGUGUGCCUGGCCACGUUUUCACACUUUGGUUUGAAUUCUGUAAUGACUUCAAGAUGAGAUGGAAGAGAGAAAACAAGGCCAUAUCCAAACAGAGACUCAAAGAGGCCCAACAGUCAGUGCGCAACAUCACAGAAGAGAAGAAGAUUGAGACCAGAAGGGCCCAUGCAAGCGGACUGAAAGAGAGAGUACGACUGAAAGAAGCAAGUCUGACCACCAGCUAAAGCUCUCCAUUUCCAAAGAGGGCCAGAUACAUUUGUAUGCAAGACCUCCAGGCUCCUGGGUCCUGGGCAUAACCCAACAACCCAUCGCUCACUUACACAUUUAAGAAUCAAAGAUCU